AAUGGAUUCUGCUACAAUAGAUUCUGUUGAAUCGGAAUUUCCCAAAUCAUGUGGAGUCAUUGUCCCAGGGCCUGGAACAGAACUUCACAGGGUGAUGGCCCGCUGGUCGGACGUGGGCCUAUCUCGGCCCGCCCUCAUUGUGACACCAACUACAAGAGAGGACGUUAUAGCAGCCAUUCAAUAUGCUACUACUCACGGUCUCCAAGUCGUACCUGGCGGAGGUGGGCAUGGAGUCGCGGUACCUAUCCAUAGCAGAACAUUGUAUUUGAAUAUGCGAAUGUUCAACCACGUCGCCGUGGAUACGACCAAUAGUCUAGUGACUUUCGGGGGAGGAGCCACUAAUGAAGAGGUACUUGAUGCUUGUGUUAAAGAAGGCUAUUAUACUGUGAUCGCAAACUCCGGGGCAGUCGGCAUGGUCGGCAUGGUGCUAGGUGGUGGCUUCAGUCUAUUUUCCGGCAUGCAUGGUCUUCCUAUUGAUCAUGUUGAAUCUGUAGAGGUUAUCAUCGCCUCCGGCAAGGUGCUAAAUCUUGAUUCUUCAUCCAAAGGCGAAGAUGGGGCUCUAUUCAACACCAUAUGUGGCGGCGGAAAUGGGUUAGGCGUCGUCACAAACAUGACUAUGCGUGCCUUUCCUAUAACCCCGCUAAAGCUUGAAGAGGGUAACAAAAUUUGGACCCGCAGACUGGUAUUUCCAGGUCCAGCAAUUGAGGAUGUUGUCAAAUUAUUCCUGAGUUUGACUCCAACUCCACAGAUGCAGCCUUUGCUCAUGCUGGUGCGGGCUCCCCCAACAGCACCUACGCCAGAAAUGCCCUUAAUAUUGCUUACGUUGACAUACUGUGGUUCUGCGCAUGAUGCGGAAUUAUUCUCGCGAGAAGCUAAAUUGCACGAGCUAAGAUCAGCGAUCUCGGACCAAACAUGUCUCACCCCUCUUGGCGACUUUUUCGAGGGAACCAAGGCCCUCAAUGCCCACGGUGACUUCAAAGAGCAGCACAGUGCUAGAACAAUGAACUUAUCGCCCACAAGCCUCGUGAAAGCCUUUUAUAGGUGGCAACAAUUUGGCGAGGAGGUACAGGACGCCCGGGCCCACACGAUUGCACUCUUCACUAUGUACAGCCCAGAAGUCACGAUCAAGAAUGGAACCUGCGAUACAAACAAAAGGAAACCUUUUCUCGGUCGAAAUAGACCCUUCUUCAGCCAGACGAUAAAAUGGUACUCGAAGGAAGAGACCAAGGCGUUGGCAGAUAAGUACAGUACGGACAUGAUGUGCAUCAUACGUGAAGAUGAUGCAAGCAGUGGGUUGCGGCCAAUAACCCUUCCUAACAACAUGCAGAUUGGCUCAGAUUUAGGAGAAGGAUACAGUUCAGAAAUGAUCUCCGUUAUGAAGAAUUUGAGAGCCGUGUGGGAUGAGAGGUCACUUUUCUGCGGUCUAGGAGACAAAGUCGAGAAGCUCCCGACAGAAUUUGCUCCUUGA